CGUCAGAGUCCUGCCUGGAAGAGCGAGAGGGGAACUAAGGGAGACUGUUGGGGUAACCGGGAGAGUGUAGGGGGCGGCUGGGUGACUGCUGCUGCUGUUCGGUCCUGAGGAUAUACAUCUGCAGGGGUCUUGGUCCUCAGCUCAGAAAGAGAUAACACAUUGGGAAAGCAGCAAGAUGAUGUCAGACGCAAGUGAUAUGUUGGCAGCGGCCUUGGAGCAGAUGGACGGCAUCAUAGCCGGCUCCAAGGCGCUGGAGUAUACAAAUGGCAUAUUUGAUUGUCAGUCCCCUACCUCCCCGUUCAUUGGAAGCCUGCGUGUGCUACAUCUAAUAGAAGAUCUACGUGGAAUGUUGGAAAUGAUGGAAACUGAGGAAAAGGACGGUUUGCGCUGCCAGGUGCCGGAUUCCACUGCAGAGGCCCUAGUGGAGUGGCUACAGAGUCAGAUGGUAAAUGGACACAUAUCUGGAAGUUCAGAUAUUUACCAGGAGAGGUUAUCUCGGCUGGAGAAUGAUAAGGAAUCUCUAGUGCUUCAGGUGAGCGUAUUGACUGACCAAGUGGAAGCGCAAGGAGAGAAGAUCCGGGAUCUCGAGUUCUGCCUCGAAGAACACAGAGAAAAAUUAAAUGCAACUGAAGAAAUGCUACAGCAGGAACUCUUAAGCAGAACAUCACUCGAAACACAGAAACUUGACUUAAUGGCAGAGAUAUCAAAUCUGAGACUUAAACUGACAGCCGUAGAGAAGGAUCGCAUUGAGUUCGAGGAGCGUUACCGAGAUACAGAGUCUCUGCAUAAAGUUAUAGCAGAACUAAGGCAGCAAAUGGAGAAAGUGGAAGUGGAGUUAGCGUUGUUCCAGGAAAAAAGGUUACAGUACGGUGACCAAGAGGGACUUGUACAGGAGAUGAAUGAACUCCGGUUACGGGUGGUUGACAUGGAAAACGAAAGAUCUCAGUAUGAAAGGAAGCUCAAGUCCACCAAGCCUUUAAUGGCCAAGCUUUCUAGCCUGAAAAUCAAAAUGGGUCAGAUGCAAUAUGAAAAGCAACGGAUGGAACAAAAAAGCCAGAUCUUAAAGGAGGAGCUGUCUAUGUUGAAAGACGCGCUGGAGGAGAAGGAAGGGGACAUAAAAAAACUGCAUGAAAAUAUGGGGGCAGAUUUCCUGAUGGGCACAGAAAGUGGCGAAACAAGCGAGAGAGAUGGAUAUUUCAAAAUGAAGCUGAAAGAGAAACACAUUGAAGUUCAGAAAAUGAAGAAGGCUUUGGAGAUGCUGAUGGCUGCCAAUGAGGAGAAGGACAGGAAAAUAGAGGAGCUCCGGCAGUCUCUGAACAGAUACAAGAAAGUGCAGGACAUGGUGGUGUUGGCUCAGGGUAAAAAAGGUAAAGAAGUGGAAAGCGACGACUCUGUGAUAUCCGGAUCCAAUUCUCUUGUGUUUGAGAAUAAUGCACUGAGUGAUACAGAGAAGUCCCCCUCUCCUCCCCUGUCAGCCUUAUCCAGCCCAGAGGAGGUAUCUGCGGGUGAAAAGACUUUGGAAGUUCACACGAGUGUCCUUCAGGUUUCUAUCCCGUCGUUUUUAUCAUCAGCAAGUGUUCAAAAGCAAAAUGAUACGCAAACACCAUCCGAAAAUAUGGAUUCCAAAUCGUCUGAUGCUGGUGAUGGGACGACUAAGAGUUCAGAAGCAGAAACAAGAACUCAAGAAGCACCUAUAACUACUGUGAAGAAGUCUAGCAGCUUAGACAACUUGAAAAAAGACAAUUCAGAAACGAAAACAUCUCCAGAAAAGAGCAAGUUUGAGACUUUGCCUCCAAGACCACCAGGGCAUGGCGGAACUUUGGAUGAAGAAUGUUUUGGGACCCGAAAAGCCAGGUCUUCCUUUGGUCGAGGGUUUUUCAAGAUCAAAAACAACAAAAAGACAGCAAGCACCCCAAAUCUAGAUCGCAGCCGAAGUGCAAGCGCACCCACCUUAGCAGACUCGGAAAAGGGAUCAGUGGAUCAUCUAGACCUGGCGACUGGAUCUCCUCGGUCAACGGGAGGAGGGAGCUCUCAGUCUUCUCCAUCUUCUCCUGACUCUAAAAAGAAGCCGAGAGGAAUUAGAAAGUUGUUUGGGAAACUAAAAAGAAGCCAGUCUACCACUUUAAACCAAGAGGAUGACCUUCCCGUUGAAGAUUUUAAAAGAGGAGGAACAAGGUCAACGGCCGGGCCGAGGCUGGGCUGGUCCAGAGAUCUUGGUCAUGGAAACAGUGACCUGGACAUGCCAUUUGCCAAGUGGACAAAGGAGCAGGUGUUCAGCUGGUUACAUGACCAGGGUUUAGGAAGCUAUGUGAAUAACUGUAAGCAGUGGAUCGUGUCUGGGCAGACUUUGCUCCACGCCUCUCAACAUGACCUCGAGAAGGAGCUGGGAAUAAAACACCCGUUGCACAGGAAGAAACUACAGCUGGCUCUGCAAUCCUUGGGAUCGGAAGAGGAAAGCAGCUAUGGGAAAUUAGAUUACAAAUGGGUAACAAGAUGGCUGGAUGACAUUGGCCUCCCACAAUACAAAACUCAAUUUGAUGAUGCAAAGUUGGACGGCAGAAUGCUUCACUACAUGGCUGUGGAUGAUUUGGUGUCACUCAAAGUUGUCAGUGUCCUGCACCACCUCAGUAUCAAGAGGGCCAUCCAGGUGCUGAGGAUUAACAGCUUCGAGCCCAACUGUCUGCGCAGGAGGCCUUCAGAUGAGAAUAACAUCUCCCCCUCCGAAGUGGCUCAGUGGACCAAUCACAGAGUGAUGGAGUGGUUACGGUCUAUUGAUUUGGCUGAAUACGCUCCCAAUUUGAGAGGCAGUGGAGUGCAUGGAGGGCUGAUGGUCCUGGAGCCUCGCUUUAAUGUAGAGACCAUGGCACAGCUACUGAAUAUCCCUCCAAACAAAACCCUGCUUAGGCGGCACUUAGCGACCCAUUUUAAUCUUCUUAUUGGUCAACAAGCUCAAGUCCAGAAGCAGGAAGCAUUGGCAUCACCAGAAUAUGUACUACUAACAGCCACCGCCAAAGUCAAGCCAAAGAAACUUGUAUUCAGCAAUUUUGGAACCUUACGAAAAAAGAAACAGGAAGAAGGAGAAGAAUACGUGUGUCCAAUGGAGCUGGGACAGAAUUCCGAGAACAACAUCAUAAAGCCACUAAGAGCAGGCUUGGACCUCAGAAUGUUGGACGAUGAAGAUCUAGACAGAUUAGAACAGAUGGAGGAUUCAGAAGGAACAGUGAGACAAAUUGGGGCAUUUUCUGAAGGCAUCAACAAUUUGACUCACAUGCUAAAAGAAGACGAUAUGUUCAAGGACUUUGCAACUCGAUCCUUGAGCACCAGUAUUACAGAUGAAGAUUCUAAUGUGUGACAGCAUCUCUGUAUUUUAUGUUUAAAGUUAUAUAUUUGUUCCAUUUUGUGUAAAUCACUGUUAUUUCGGCUCAGUGUUUUAAGGGGUGAAAUGAGGAGAAUGUGCCUUUUUAUUAGGAAAUAAAAUGAACCUCAGUAAAUGAUAGUGAAUAUGGUAUAUUUAAUGUACAAUAGCAUAUUUUAAAGUAUUACACUAUUCCUGUAUUACGUUUGGUUCCUGCCAUUAUUAGGCAAGACCCAUAUCACCUAAAGCAAUAAGCUCUAUGCCGUAUUUGUACAUUUGUGCCAUUAAGCAAUAAGAAUGUGUGUUUCUUUCUGAUCACACCAGCGUUUAAGGUUGACGUUUCGCUAAGUUACAUUCUUCACAAACAGCGUGUGACAUAGCCAUUUAUGUCAGGACAGUUAUGUCAUAUCUGUUCACUUUAGGCCUGAGGUUGUGCCAAUAAUGUAACCACCAGAUACCUAUACCCAUUAUCCACCAACACACAUAUUGCCAGAAUUUAAAUGUCUUACCUACUUAUCCAACAACACAAUCAGACAUUAUUUCAGUAUUAAAUGGUGCAUGGGCCCCUAUGGUAGUGACAGGGUUAACAAUCUGUAUGAAUGAUAAGAAUUCCGUGCAUGCAGACUGUCAUUAACAAAUAAAUAAAAAUAUAGGUCAUUUUGUGUUGGACUAAAGAUUUAAUAACACUACAAUAGUGAAACUACCUGUCUUUCUAAAUAUUCCUUAUGGCAAAAUAUAAUUGCUGCCUCCAGUAUCGCCUCUGACCGCUAUAUUACACACAAGCAAUAGUGAUCUGAGACGUGCCGGACUGCACUUUCCAGAGACGAGAGCGCACACAUUAGGAGCACACAAUACAGCAAAAAGAAUAUUUUUAAUAUGGCGUCCAAGCCUUUUCUUUGCGCUAAUAUUUUUAUAUAGUUUUAUAUUUAAAAAGUGUUUAUAACAAAGGUCUAUUGUGUCAUAUCACUACAUAGCUGUCCUUUUAUACAUGAUUCCAGUUUACGUGCCAGCUGGUUACUGGAGAAUUCAGGCUGUGCCUUCAGACUUUAUCGUCUUUUUGUCAGUGUUGUAAAAAAAUGGUUUAACAUACAGCACAGCUGUUUCUAGACGCAGUAUCCAGAUGCUGAACUAUUUUCCUCUUAGUACCCUUUAUCUAUUUCCCAUGAGUCUUUUCUACAUCUUAAGCUUUUUAUAUUUGUUUUCUAUUUAUGGAAUUGAACUAUUAUUGAAAAGGGUUAAAAUCUGCUGUUACACAAAUGUUUGUUGAUUGCAUGAGAAUUGUUGUUAUGAAAAGAUUUUGGUGAGGAAAAGCAGAUUUUGUAUUUACUUAUUUAAUGUUGCCAUUUGCAAUGUGAAAGUAGCAAGCAAACCGAUUUCCAUGUACCCCUUCUGGGUAAUUCUAAUAUAUGCCACAGUUAAAAAAUCUCCUUGGGGUUGCUGUCAGCUAAAUUAGCACAGUAUAUGACGUGACUUCUCUGUGUUUGAGAAUAUACAACAGAUGUUCUUGUGUCAAUAUAUAUUUUGAUCAAAUAAAUAAGUAUAUGUUUAACUAAA